AGCAAGCAAGCAAGCAAGAAAGAGUCCUUUCGGAAGAACACUUUCCCUAUCAUCACUGGAAGGCGAUAGUCAGACCUACUACUCUCAACUUUUUUACUACAGCAUAUUAUACAUGCUAAUACAUCGAAGACGCACGUUUAAAAACAAAACAAAAAAAAGACAAUUGAACUAUCUUGAUUUUGGGUUGUAAUUAAAGCUGCAUCUAUAUAGGAACGAGAUGGAUGUUAUUCCUAUGUGCAGCAUAUUUCAGGAGCUCCAGAUUGUACAUGACACCGGAUACUUUUCAGCUUUACCAUCUCUCGAGGAGUACUGGCAGCAGGUAUUUAUAAUUGUGAAUAGUCCUAUUUUUGAUAGAGAAACACUCUAAAAUGAAUGAAAAAUAAUGAUUAUGUUUUCCACAUCGCAGUAAACUUGUGCGCAACUGCAGGUUGCUGUCAGUGGAGAUGCAAACUGUCAGGAUUUCAGAACAAAAAAAGUUGUACUAUUCGGACUUGUAGCACAUUCUUGACACCUUAGUAAGUUCAAUGCAUGUAUAUGUAACAAUACAAGCAUGCACGUUGCAAUUAUAUAUAAGUUACGCUAAUGGCUUAGUCCAAUGAAUGAACCACGACGCAUUGUUUUUAUUCCGUUUUGUAGACUGCUGAUGCGUCAUAGUGAAUAGAAUGUGUGUGUGAGAGAGCGAGUUCGUAUUCGGAAUUAGCGGAGACGAGUAUGUGCGUCUUCAAAUUAUUUUGUUCAAAAUUACCACCAUCUCCCACUCAACAUGUGUCUUUAUAGGAAUUACAUAAUAUUCGAGAAACUAGGUAUUAUUUUUUGCUGGGUGGUUGAAAUGAAUUUGCUACACGGUGUAGUUUAUGCGGGCUUGGGGCGGUUCACUCUCCAUGCCCUCUGAGGCAUUUAAAGCUCGCCAGAGAUGCAUUCUGCCCUACUGAAAAUAAAUGUUUGCAAUGAAUACAAAGUAUUUCCUUGCUAAACGUUUUUAGGUUUGCCAGAAAUCUAUUACAUAACAACUUACCCUGUAAUGUAUAUUGGUUUUAAUUGAUGUUUUCUAUACCCUAAUAGUUUGAAAUUAAUUCAUUGGAAUGCUAGGUGCAUGUCAUUAUUGAUAUUGUUACUAUUGAAUAUAUUGAAGUUAGCAGUCACUUACGGAUUGUCACGCUUUACAGAAGAGUCCUUACUUCCUUUUUAGAAAAAAAAGAAGUCCAUAAAUCUAUGUAGCUCUUGCAGUAUUCAUAAAUAAAGCUUUUUAUGGACCUGCUUGAACCAGACCUACCUCCUCCAUUCCCUUGUGUGCCUGUUAUUUCUAGCAAUGCCACUGGAUGCAUUAUUAAAUCCACAUUAUGCUGAGUGAUUGAUACAUUUUAAAAGAUCUACAAGCACUUCCCUAACACACAGGGUGGCUCUGUAGCGUAUGUAAAUGUUAUCAUUGUGCAUGAUGCCAGCUAUGUUGGAGGAAAGAGCACCGCCACCAACUGAGUCAUUUCUUUCUAAGGAAAUGUGUUUACUAACCUUCCCUGAUCUAGUCUGCUUCUCAAAAGGCACCCAAUUCCCUAUAUAGUGCACUACUUUUGACCAGAGCCCUGUGGGCCCUAUAGGCCCUGGUCAAAAGUAGUUCACUAUAAAGGGAAUGGGGUGCCGUUUGGGAAGCGGCCAUAGUCUCAGAGGACACCCGUUACAUGCACUCCACUGCCCUUAGAAUAGUACAUUGUCUAUAUAUGUACUGCAUAGGUUGUUUAUAUUCCUAUUUCCUGCAUGGUUUACUGAUUUUUCUCUUAUCCCAUCAGACAUGUCUGGAGUUGGAGCGGUACCUCCAGAGCGAGCCAUACGUCUCAGCCACAGACAUCAAGUUUGAGACGAGCCAGGAGGACCUCUGGAUGAUCCUGGCCUGCGGGGACAAGGCUGAGUCUGACCCAAAGAUCCUCACUCACAUUAAGGAGGAAGACAAUCAGGAGGCCAACAGCUUUAACUCUGACGCCAGCAGCGAGGUGUCCGACGGCUCCGAGGACCUCUCCCCUUCCCUCGACUUCACCUCCAACCCACUGAGUGACAUUAUGGGAGAGGGAGAGGACCUGGGUUCCACUAUUAUCAGUACUCCACCAUCUUCUCCUGAGGUGGGCAUGGAGGCCUCCUCCAUAUCCUCCCAGGUGUGGAGUGGUAUACAGACAGUGUUGCACUCACCUGGGAAAAUACAGACAGGGGGCAUUAGUGGACGAACGGCAGAGAGGGGAAGCCUAGCCAACGGGGAGGAUUCUCCGGACGGGAGGAGGCGGGUCCACAGGUGUCAUUUCAACGGAUGCCGAAAGGUCUACACGAAAAGUUCCCACUUGAAAGCACACCAGCGUACACAUACAGGUAAAUAAUUGAUUGCGUACAAGUAAACUGCAUGACCCAACAGCUCCUCCUCCCAUCCAAGUGUAUAUAUGGAUAUAAAAGAGUAGAAUCUCUGAGCUAUCCGACCAGGCCCCAGUCUUACAUUAUACAGGUAAUAUGUAGGCCAGUCCAGAGAGUGGUGGUGUGUGUUGUUACCCACAUACUAAUGCUGCUGUCACAGCAGAGAGGCCUUGGGAAAGAAAAUCCAGACCAGCUGGUUAUGUCAUCAGUAUUCUGAAUCUGCAGCCAUUUACUUUACAAAGAACUUUCAGAAAAUGAUUCAGUUUCAGAAGGGACUAAAUUUAAACCUCGUCAAACAAUUAACAUAUUCAUAUGCUUACAAGAGAGUCUUUGUUUUGGAUUUCUACUCAUGAAUUUGGUCUCUGCAUUCUUGGAAUAGUUCACUAGAAGGAAGGCCUAAACUGUGACCUAAUUCCCACAUCAGCAGUGACUUCACAUUAACUAAGGGGGGAGGGGUGACAUAACAACCUUUUGUGGGCAUAGCCAAGCCAGCCAUACAGGAUGUGGACUGGAUCAUGAAAGCAGAUCACAUUUCACCAUGGGAAAAAGAAAACGACUGAAUCAUUUAAAUGUAAAGUGUAGUGGGAAUUUUACAUUUACAGUUAUUCGUUACUGAGUUAUGUGAGCAGUUUUCCCCUGUCACCUCUGACCUCUCUUGCCAAGCUGUUUACAGCUGUCUUGCACAUGAUCAAGGCGCUUACAUUCCAAGCAAACUAUGUUACCAGAGCUAAUGGAAUUUUCACCAUUAGAAAUCGUCUAAUUGUCCUUCGCACCUGCCCUCUAUAUAUAUAUAUAUAUAUAUAUAUAUAUAUAUAUAUAUAUAUAUAAUAUAUAUAUAUAUAUAUAUAUAUAUAUAUACACUAAGUCUGCUUAUUCAACUAUUUUUAAGCUGUACAUCACAACUCAUAUUUACAAGUUGUAGUACUCUAUCUAGUAGUAUGUAGCACUUAUAGUAUCUUAUUUCUGAUUUGGAAACAUAAUGGAGCACUGUCCUUCAUGCUGUCUUUUCAUACACAGUAAUAACAUCAUUUGUUUUCUGUUUGCAGGUGAGAAGCCUUACAGGUGCUCAUGGGAAGGCUGUGAGUGGCGUUUUGCACGGAGUGAUGAGCUAACCAGACACUUCAGGAAGCACACUGGGGCAAAGCCGUUUAAAUGCAGUAACUGUGACAGGUAGGUGAAGUGUUUAGGGAUGGAUUUAUCUUUUGUUUGUUUCAAUUAUUUUAUUGAGGAAGAUUGUAAAUGUCAUAAACAAUUGUUAAAUGUUUGGGCAGCUAAGGUAAAGCCAUGCAGCUGAAAUAUUGACUAUUACUGCUGUUAUAUUAGUCUUACCUAUUCUAAAAACGCUGAGCCUAAUAUGCUUUCUCUUUCUCCUUGCAGGUGUUUCUCUCGUUCGGACCAUUUGGCGCUUCACAUGAAGAGACACAUCUAAGCGCUGGGCCCCAGAGCAGAGCGGUGUUGAGGGAUGGUCCUGACGGUCUCCUAACCUGUCUGUGGGGAGGCGCAGUGCCCUGAGAGGGGAGGAAGGUGAGCGAGGGGAGCGUGCUCCAGUGAGAAGCAUGCAGGCAAUUUUUGCACCAUACUUAGUGCCUCCAAGACCUCUCGGAGGAAAGAGCUCUGAAAGGUCGACACAUUCUGGAAAAAGAAUCACGAAAACCACCAAGGAUGACGGAGAAUGAAGAGAUCCGCUAGAGAAUGAAAAUGUCUGAGAGGACAAGAAAUAACGUUUUUUCUCUAUAUGGUGUCUGAUGCUUUGUGGAGUUAGUUCCUGGUCUGGACACAUGCAGCGAUAUACUCGAAUAAACGUGUGUUGUUUCCUGUGAGCCUGUGAGAAUGCCUGUGACUGAGUGCCUGCCUGUGGAUGUAUGACUAUUGAGUGUAUGGCUAUGGUUGUGAGCUGAAUGGCGUUGAGGGGAUGAUGUGUGUGGGCUGGGGAUUUAUUGUCUCGUUUUGUGGUCAUGAAUGAAUGAAUGCAAGCAAAGGUGUUGUGCUGUUGUGUGGGGCAUUGGUUGAGUCUAGGCUGGGUUUGGCAGUGUGUGUGUCCGGGCCGUCAGUUUGAGGUUUGAGAGAGAGCGCCCCCAUCUGAGGGGAGGUGGUAGCGCACUCCUAAACGAGGUGGGGGGGAGGGAAGUGGAUUGUUUGGCGCAGAUAUAAAUUGUGUAAUGUAUUAAGUAGCGUGUCUCAAAGUUAAUGCUACCAAGCUCAUUUGUUGUCCAUUGUGUAAGCUCAGUAUCUAAAGGUUGUACACAACAUUCAUAUCUUCAUUAUACCAGAAGUUGCAUGAUCUUGGGUUUGUUUGUCACUCGAUUAGUUAUAACGAAGGCAAAUCCCAAUAACGAGCAGCUAUACAUCUGUUUUACACCAUAGAUACCACAUUAUUGUACAGAAACAUGAAGCAGCGAUUUGUUUCCUUUUGUUUUGUAUGUUUGGAGAUAUCACUAUUGCUUGUCAACUAUCUUGAUCAUGGAAUUGUUUAUUUCUACUCCAUUUAAAAUUAAUUUCUUUAAUUUUGUUCUCUUGCUCUCCUCUUUUUCUAUAUCUGUAAAUGCACUGUUGACCUUAAUGAUGCCUUAUGUAAGUGGCCUUGUCCAGAUAAAUAGAUCACUCACGGGGGGUUGAAAUGCAGUAGUGUAUGAUUGAAUAGCUUUAUUAAGGCUCCGAUUCAUAUGGCCACACCUUUUGCCCUUGUCUAGGUCAGUCUCAAGACUUGAAUAAAAGUCUGCUUUAUAGUUACUGCCAUUUUACAUUUCUGUGCAUCAUUUGUCAACAUACAUACAGUAUCUAUCUAUCCAUUGAGACGAAAUCAAAAUGUUUUGAAAAUGAUCCUUGAGCCGAGACAGAAUUGUAGAGCACUUGAAACAAUUCAAUUUGAAAUGGUUUACUACUGUGUAGUAGUAUAAUGUGGUAUGUUAUGCACUUAAAAUGGAAUGUGGGAUGAUAAAUUAGGUAAGUUAAUGUCAAAAGUAUAGAGUCUCCUGGUUGGUUGGGGGGUUGAGUUCUCAUGACGUGAUCUGCUCGGCCACGAAGGCCAUGGUAAAUUAAGAUUUAUUGCAAAUAACCCAUUCUGGUCAGGCCAUGGCGUGUUAGUUAACUGUUAAAGGCUUACCUGACAUGAGUGCUCUCAAACUGACAGUGGAUGUGGAUGAUUAUUGCUUAUUGACCUGUAUGGACUACCUUGUUUUAACCCCAUACCAUUGUACAGUACAGUUGAUCUGGUCAACAGUACUGUCGGAAAGUCUCCUUUUUAAAAUAUACAUUGUGGAUAUCAAACCAUGCAAAAGAUAUGUGUUGUUUAAAAAUAGUUUUUGUAAAGAAGCUUAUAUUUUGCAGGGUAAGGGACCAAACAAAUCUAAAUUGUGAAGUGUAUGUUUAUGAAAAACAACAAAGACAAGGCCACAUUUAACUUGAGUGAGUACUAAUGGUCAGAGAAACUGAAAACAAAUGACGUAUUGUUCACUUCUGCUAGUCUGCUACAGUGUUGGAGAAGGAUUUACAUUUUCUAGCUUGAACGGGGAAUGAUUCAGUACAGAGAAAUGAAACUGAUUGUUGGAGGGAUUACACACUGAACAGCUUUCUAUAAUCUAAAUCAAAACGGCAAUUUGUCAGCCCUAUCUUUAACUAAAGUAUCUUUAUUGAUGAAAAAAUAGAGAAAUUAGGUUUUAUUUGUUUGAUUAAUGGCAUAAUGUUUUUUUUUUUUAUUGUUUUGUCAAAUUAUUUCUGUAUGAAU